AUGCGCACUGGUCCGCGUCAACUCUUGCAGCAGGUAAUAAGGCACGCCAUGGCAUCUAACUCGCCGCCUGGUAGCUCCUUUGCCUUCGUUGGCAACCCAAACGAUGCCGGCGAGGCCCGUAGCCAUGCCAUGCGCGAACACUGGAAGCAACGACGACAAGCCAAGGACGACCAAAAACGUAGGGCGGAGAGUGCUCGGCAACAGGCGCGGCAAAUCCUACCCAAAGACGCGUAUCCGGCGCGGGAAGACGGGACGACAAGCUCUUCCAGCACGAGCGGGCCACCCUCGAUUCAACUGGAUGGGAUACCUGCUCAAGCCUUGGCUGGAAUGAACCGUGCCUUGGCUUGCGGCUGCUUGGAUCCCUUCGACAUGUUCCCAGUCAAGCUGACGGUACAACAUCAUAAACUGCUGCAUCACUGGUUAAGUACGUACGCUACCAUGAUGUUCACCCAGAGCACCGCCUCCAACUUCAAUCCGAUGCGCGACGUCUGGCUACCCUUGGACAUGUCCAAUGCUGCGUCCUUCAACGCUAUCAUGGCGCACUCGGCAGCACAUCUUGCCCGAAUGCAUGGUUUCUCUACAUACGAGGAAGCCUUUAAAUUCAAAGCCGAGGCUGUGCAUAUAGUCUCACAAUGGAUGAGUGACGCUGCACUGUCACGAAGUGAUGACUUGAUUGCGGCAGUCCUGCGACUAUUGACAUUUGAGAGAUAUUGGGGUUCAGAGGACGAGUGGCAGAUACACCACGAUGGGCUGCUACGUUUGAUUGAAGCAAGAGGAGGCAUGCAGUCUUUGAAGGAGAACUGGAGACUGGGCCUACCAGUCUACCUUGUGUGUUUGAUGGCAAAACCGACCUGGUUUGACAGUUCCAACCAGAUUUGGGACAUAUCCGCGCCGCCCGAAGCUUCUGCACUCAACCCCGGUAUUGCAUCCAUGGGAGGACUCCAUCGACUCCGAAGUCUAUGGCUGCUCUCCUUUGUUCAAGAUAUUGGCACAUUCGUGGCCAAUACCAGAGGAUUAGCUAGCCUUGCUUCCACACAAGAAGCACUGCUUGUUAUAAAGAACAGUCGGGAGCAGUUGAACGGCCAGAGCAGCGAGCUGGAGUUCACACGACUAGCUUGCCUCGUUGGCGUCUGCGUUAUACUGCAGGGGUCAAUGCCUCAUGAGCAGGCGUUGAUGCCUCUCGAGGUCUUUCUUGGUGGAAGACGAGAAUCAUGGGCAGGGUCGGUCAACGGAUUAUACAGCAAUCUAUGCGAGAUUCUUGAACCGGAAAAAACCCAAUACGUUCUGAAUGUUACCUACGUGCUGAGUGCAAUGAGCCAAGAGGCAAAGAGGGGAGUGGAGUUAUGUCUACUGCGAAUUCUACGUCAGGGGGGGAUGGGUUAUGACUCUAUAGCGGAUAAUAUUACACCAGAUGUAUUAUUAUCAUCCUUGGAUGGACAGUGA